AUGGCUACUAAGGUUUAUUUCACGCAGAUUUACGAAGACGUGGGACUGACGGAAACAAUUGAAAUUGAAAAUUUGUGUAAUAAAUAUGAAAAGGAUACUUUGAUGAACGGAAUUCAGCAUUUUGUUCUAAACAAAUUUGGAAAUACCAAUAAAUGUACAAUAAAAAAGGGUAAAGUAAAACUUUCCUAUCCAAUAAUUCACAAAUUCCAUGCAAGAACAAAAAGUUUGAGAUGUGGACCAAUUAUCGCAACAAUCAACAUUGUUAGAAACAAACCAACGAAUUCUGAAACGACUCCUUUAUUAAUCUCUGCCUGGUUACGAGGUGGUAUAAGUGGUUGUUAA